CACUACCAGAAAACAUCUUCCCUCACAACAAACCGAACAAGCUAAAGUAACGAAAACAAAACAUGGGAAGCCUCAAGUCUCUCACUCUCUUGGCUUUGCUUCUCUCCUUUUCUCUCGGUGUCUUUGCCGAGACAUCCAACGAUGCCGCUACACAUGCUAAUGAUGAAGUGAAGCCAAGUGAAGCGACCGAUGCCAUAGAGCCACAACAACGUGGCGGUUGUAGGUACGGUUGUUGUGGAGCCUAUGCUUUUGGACGGUGCAGCGCUUGCUGCAGCCGACCCAAGGCUGUGGAGGCCAUGGAUACUAAGGCUGUUGAGGUCAUCGAUGUUGAGCCUCAGCAGCGGGGCCGUGGUGGUUGUAGGUACGGAUGUUGUGGUAGCUACGCUUUUGGACGGUGCAGUGCUUGUUGUAGCCUCAGCCAGGCCCAGGCCGUGGUUGAAGCCGUGGAAGGUGUUGAGCCUCAGCAGCGUGGCCGUGGUGGUUGUAGGUACGGAUGUUGUGGUAGCUACGCUUUUGGACGGUGCAGUGCUUGUUGUAGCCUUAGCCAGGCCCAGGCCGUGGUCGAAGCCGAAGUUGAGCCCCAGCAACGCAGCAGGUGUAGGUACGGUUGCUGCGGAAGCUACGCUUAUGGGCAGUGCAGUGCUUGUUGUUCCAAGAAGACUACCCAGGAAGAAGCUAAGCCAUGAAUUCUUUUGUAAUACAAACUGUGUUUGUAUGCAUGGAAUGCAUGGUUUAUUUUACUAUUACGUAUGAAUGUCAAAAUAAGAGAUAAAUGUUGCCUACAAGACCUCUAGCUCAAUAAAAAAGUCGUAGGUUAAUAUUAUGUGUUUUAUUAUGUAGUGUUUUUCUCCUGAAGAUUAUAAUAAUAACAACUGUUUCAAUAUCAAA